CUCUCUCUCUCUCUCCUCAGUGCUCACUGAUCUGAAAAUGGCUGGAAGUGGGCGACGAAGUGCGAGAAGCAGAAUCAAACUCAAUACAGACGCCGACGAAGAUCGAACCACUCUCCGCAAUCCCAAACUCCGAAAGCACAGAAGCAGAGACCACAGUCUCAUUCGCCUCCUAAAUGUUGAUCUCAAAGUUCUUCUAGGAUUUGCUAUCAUCGCGUUCUUGAUUGUCCUUUUCAUGAUUCAUCGACUUAUAAUUGCCGUUGAAUAUCCUCAGAAACCCAGGGUCGUGACCCCAUUCCCUGCCCCAAAGAUCAUGGAUCUUCCUCAGUUUCAAGGUGAUCACAAGGAGAGCUUGUAUUGGGGGACUUAUCGUCCUAACGUUUAUCUUGGAAUUCGUGCAAGGACUCCACAGUCUCUGGUUGCUGGAUUGAUGUGGCUUGGUUUAAAGGAUGGAAGAUAUUUCAUGCGACAUGUCUGCCAAGAUUCAGAUGAAUUGAAGACAUACGGUUGGACGCUUCACAAUGGACGGGAUUAUGGACGUCAAAUGCUAGUUGACCAAGAUAUGACCUUGAUUACAAGUUUUUUGAAAUCCAAAGAAGAUGGCAGUGGCUAUGGAGGGGACUGGGCAGUUCGAAUUGAUGUGCAAAGUGAGAAAUCCAAGCUUAGUGAGGAGAUGCAAACUGUGCACCUUUUCUUCUAUCUUGCGGAUGAAGAUGGGAACGCUUUGAGUUUGAGUAGGGAGACCCUGAACAUUCGUGAGAAUUCUCUCUUGGCUUUUGGAUCACGAACAGAUGUUGGCAGUUGGAAUCUAAAUUUAGAAUCAAUGGAUGAUUUGGAAGUCCAUUAUUCUGGCUUCAGGACACCUCACAUUCACAAUUUAUCAGACCUUGUCCAGCAAAAUCUUGGAGCCCAAGUGAGAAAGUUUGGUCGUUUGCAACUCUCAGACACUUCCGAUGAUUCUUCAAACAUUUUAGUAUUUCAGAUUUCGGGUAGGAUUUAUUUCAGAACAGAUGUUGCUUUUGUAUCUAGAACUGGCUUAAAAGAUUCAAGACUUAAAGAACGUCUCAGCAGCCUUACAGGUACCUUACUGACUAGUCAACUAGAUGAGAAGGAAAAAGAAUUUGAUGACAAAUUCAAAAAAUGCUUUAAUUUGGCUGAUGAGCUUGAUUCUGAGUCCAUCUCCACUGGUAAGGCUGCAGUUGCGAGUUUGUUGGGUGGAAUUGGCUACUUUUAUGGCCAAUCAAAAAUCUCUGUCCCAAGUAACUCUAAUUUUAAAAGUGGUGAAAAUUAUAUUCUAUAUUGGCCGGCUGAACUUUAUACUGCUGUUCCUAGCCGACCUUUCUUUCCAAGAGGAUUUUUAUGGGAUGAAGGUUUUCAUCAACUAUUGAUCUGGCGUUGGGAUAUACAUAUUUCCUUGGAUAUCAUUGGACAUUGGUUAGAUUUGAUGAAUGUUGAUGGAUGGAUUCCACGUGAACAGAUUUUGGGUGAUGAAGCUCGAAGUAAGGUCCCCGAGGAAUUUAUUAUUCAGCAUCCAACAAAUGGAAAUCCACCAACUCUAUUUUUGGUUUUGCGUGAUUUAGUUUGUGGCAUGAAAAGAAACAAGUUUACAGCCACCGAGAGGGAUCAGAUUUCUUCUGUCUUAGACCGGGCAUUUGUUCGCCUUGAAGCAUGGUUUCAAUGGUUUAAUACUACGCAAUUAGGCAAGGAUAUGAGCAGCUAUUUUUGGCAUGGAAGAGACAAUGCAACCAUGCGCGAAUUAAAUCCUAAGACACUGACCUCUGGGUUGGAUGAUUAUCCACGUGCGUCGCACCCAACUGAAGAUGAACGUCAUUUGGAUCUUAGAUGUUGGAUGUUUCUUGCAGCAGAUUGCCUGCAUUCAAUCUCAAAGCUUCUUCAAAAGGAACAUGAACUUGGGAAGGAAUAUGAUUCAACAGCUAAGCUGCUCUCGAAUUUUGAAAUCCUAAAUCAGAUGCACUUUGAUGAUGCACAUGGAACUUACUUGGAUUUUGGAAAUCACACAGAAAAGGUUCGUUUGAGUUGGCGAGAAGUAAUGGGAAAUAACCAUUAUGCAAGUCGAGAGCUAGUUCGGGAAGUUUUAGAACAGCCAAGAUUGAGGUUUGUUCCUCAUAUUGGCUAUGUCAGCCUUUUCCCAUUUGUGGCGGGGAUUAUUCCACCUGACUCAACGAUCCUAGAACAACAACUGAAUCUCAUUUCAAACCGGAGCAUUUUAUGGACUGAUUAUGGACUCCGCUCUCUUUCCAAAACAAGCUCAAUGUACAUGAAAUACAACACGGAGCAUGAUGCACCCUAUUGGAGAGGCCCAAUUUGGAUGAACAUCAACUACAUGAUUCUUUCCUCACUUCACCGUUACUCUAAAGCAUUGACACGUGCAGAAAAUGGACCGUAUAGAGACAAAGCCAAGAUCAUCUAUAAUGACUUGAGGAGCAAUUUGAUUAGAAACGUUGUGAAGAAUUACCAGCAGACAGGGUAUUUCUGGGAACAGUUUGAUCAAAAGAAAGGUAAGGGGAAAGGUGCACGCGUAUUUACUGGCUGGACAUCGCUCGUGUUGCUGAUCAUGGCAGAAGCUUAUAGUGAAUGGUAGGAACUUGGGACUCAAUUUUGUAAUUUUCUAAGAAAAUUAUAAAGUCAUUAGAGGAUAAAGAAGACCACAAACAAAUCAACCUGUUAGUUCUGUAUAAUCUCUCCAAUUCAAGAUAUGAACUAUACUUAUUGUCGCAAGUUAAUUUGAAAGGUAAGGUUUGAAGUUAUUGGUUGUGAUA